AUGCCCUGCGUACGAGCCGAUAUAUCAUUUUUUAUUGAAAUUGGCUCAUUUCAUAACAUAGAUUUAUUCCAAAGAGGUUAUUAUCAAAUUCGGUACUAUCUGAAGGCUGGAAGCUCCACGGCUCCUGUAAAUACCUUCGGCCAGUCGGCUAUCGCUAUUUAUCCCCCUGUAAUCUUCGGCGAAAAAACAACUUCUAGUGUUUAUUAUGGACCGAAUAACAAUAACCAACCACUACAACCCAAAGGAUGUAGUACCACAGUACUUAUAAUGUAUCACAAAGAAUCUGCUAGUCUUAACGACGCAUUCGAGCAACAGAUCCAAGUUAACAUUGACAUCAGCCAGCUAGAGGAUAUUUUCAGACAAACCGAGUUACUUUUAUGCGCAGAGCUCUGGUUUGCGGAAGAAAGUGAAAGUGAUAUUAGCAAUGAUAAACUCCAACUAUUAUCGACUCGUCUGAAACGAAUUCAAAUGUCUCCAACUCGCGGUCUUUGCCAUCAAUUCAAUGCUAUUUUUGAUUUUUCUCAUCUCUGCGCCGUCGAAUUCGUUAUUCAAGGCUAUCUCACGAAUAUACUGCCCGGUUUAUAUAGAUCUUCAUCACUUUCAAAUAACCUUCACUCCCUGGCAGCUUACGAAAAUUAUGCCAAACAGAAUUGGAGAGACGUAAUUGGGGGUGGUCCUACUGUUAACUUAAAUAAACGCCACUAUGCCGUUGCCACGCAUAGACAUCUCUGUCAAGCGCUUUUAUCCGCUCGUGAAAGAAUGGUUGUAUUUUGGCAUGAAAUUGCAAUAUUUUUGAGAAGUCCAUUCCAGCCAUCUACAGAAGCUAACGACCUUCGAAGUCUGCUGGAACGUAUCACUUCUCGCUAUCAGCAACUAAAAACGGAGACAGAGAUGGCCAAACAGAUUGCCAGGGAUGUUGCUGAGUUAGCCGGUGAAAAUAUUCUUAUAUUUCGUCAAAUUUGUGAAUUCAUCCACGCCUACCCAAAAGUGGUUCGUCAUAUCAAACGGAAGUCCCAUCAAAUUCGGAUGAAACGAUUGGCUGAGGCAUUCUUUGUACAAGAAUUGCAGAUUCCUCAAAUUUUGGCGGUCUACGAACCAUCCCUCUCGGGGUGUUGCUGUCAUGGAUUAACGGCCGCUCUUGAAAGCAAAGCGAAGAGCAUUCAGAAGUAA